CCUGCAGCAGCGAUGGAGGGCAAGGAGGAGGACGUGCGGCUCGGGGCGAACAAGUACUCGGAGCGUCAGCCCAUCGGCACGGCGGCGCAGGGGUCCGAGGACAAGGACUACAAGGAGCCCCCGCCGGCGCCGCAGUUCGAGCCCGGCGAGCUCAAGUCCUGGUCCUUCUACCGCGCCGGCAUCGCCGAGUUCAUGGCCACCUUCCUCUUCCUCUACGUCACCAUCCUCACCGUGAUGGGCUACAGCGGCGCCACCUCCAAGUGCGCCACCGUCGGCAUCCAGGGCAUCGCGGUUCCGGCCACCCCAAUCUCGCGCGCACGACCACCAUCCUCCGCUCCCUGCAGAAAUCCCUCGCCGCCGCUCUUGUGCUCAGGCCGAAUCUCAACACCAACCGACGCGCCAUCCUCCUCUCCCUCCCGUCUCCGGUGCCAACAUAGGCCACUUUACUUGACCCCGGUCGGCCGGCCGGCCAUCCACGACGUCUGCUGGCUUGAGGGCCGCGUGUCGUUCACCCUAGCCCCGGCGCUCUUCGCGGCAUCCAGGCGCAAGUUUCAAUCGGUGCGGGAGGCGCUCAUGGCGGUCGAUGGGUCUUGGACCUGA